CGUAUAAAAAGAGGAGACCUCAUUCCAAAGAAGAAAUUUUGAAAAAAAAUAAUAAAAAAAAUAAUGGUCGGACAUGUCUCCCCGCCUAGCCCUCCGUUCCCAGGGACCAAAGAAGUGAAGAAGCAGCAGGCUUUUCUUCCGUCGCCGUCAAAAGUGGCGUAUCAUUUCGGCACGAGCGGAGUAUCUGUCGCUGUGGCCACAGGCUUGACUCAUCCUCUUGAUGUGCUCAAAGUAAGGUUGCAGAUGCAACUCGUCGGCCAAAGAGGUCCUCUAAUUGGAAUGAGUGGAUUGUUUCUUCAACUAUUGAAGAACGAAGGCCCCAGGUCUUUGUACUUGGGAUUGACCCCUGCUUUAACUAGGUCGAUGCUUUAUGGGGGUCUUCGUUUAGGCUUGUACGAACCCACAAAGUUUGCCUGUGAUUGGGCGUUUGGUUCCAACAAUGUCUUGCUUAAGAUUGCAUCCGGGGCAUUCGCGGGGGCAUUUUCGACAGCUUUGACCAACCCAACAGAGGUUCUGAAGGUUAGGUUGCAGAUGAACCCAAACACGCAUCCUUCUACGGAAUUGAGGAAAAUAGUUUCUGAAGAGGGUGUAAGAGCGUUAUGGAAAGGGAUUGGUCCUGCUAUGGCUAGAGCUGCAGCGUUAACCGCAUCUCAGCUUGCAACAUAUGACGAAACCAAGCGGAUUCUGGUCAGACGGACACCCUUGGAAGAAGGGUUUCAUCUUCAUUUGUGCUCGAGUGUGAUUGCAGGUAUAGUGAGUACGCUUAUAACUGCGCCCAUAGAUAUAAUUAAAACCCGUCUGAUGUUACAACAAGAGUGCAAAAGCUCGAGAAUCUACAAAAACGGUUUCCAUUGUGCAUAUAAGGUGGUUCUCAACGAAGGACCCUUAGCCCUUUAUAAAGGGGGCUUUGCGAUUUUCGCAAGACUCGGUCCUCAGACCACGAUAACCUUCAUACUGUGCGAGAAGCUAAGAGCAAUGGCCGGGCUUCACACCAUCUAGCAUUGCCUCAUCAGCCACUCGUUUCAGUUCAGUAACAUGAUCCAGAUAAGUUUGAUAUUCCUUUCGCUAUGCAAAAUUCUUUAUACACUGUGAUUCAUCGUGUAAGAAUGACCCUUCAUCGAUCAACUUCUACCUUCCGUCUUAAUGAAUUCAAUAUCUAUAGAGGAACAAGAUGAUAAUUCUCUCUGCAAAAUUCUUUGUACACUGUGAGGUUCGUAGUGUAAUAAUACCAUUGAUCAACUUCUGUCUCCAAUGUAUUAUGUUAAUGAAUUCAAUAUUAAUAGAGUUACAUAAACAAUAAAAUAUCAA